CUCUAUAGCACAACUUUGCUCUCACCUUCUGAAGAGACUGACCUGUAGCUUGCGACAGACGCAAAGUCAGCAUGGAUAUCAGCAGAGAGUCUAACCACAACCAAAUGGAUUGUAACUUUGACAACAUGGAGCACAAACACGGAAAAUUUUUACCUAGCCAGGAAGACCGUUUUGACAGCGGCGUGGAUUCGCUUAAGGAAGACGAACUGGUGAACAGCUUCGAGGAGCUAAAUGUGAAAACAAGCGAGGAUCACCCGCAGGAUUACGAGCCUUGGAGAUCGGCGGUGACUGAAGACGGUGACACGCUGCUCCACUUGGCCAUCAUUCACGAAGCCUCUGAACAUGCUCUCCAGAUGAUCAAACUGUCCCACAAUCACCCAUUCCUCAAUGUACAGAACCACCAGAGACAGACUGCCCUCCACCUCGCAGUGAUCACAGAGCAGUCCCUGUUGGUGGAGAGGCUCCUGAAGGCCGGUGCUGACCCACUGCUGGCCGACGACAGCGGAAACACAGCCCUCCACAUCGCCUGUAAAAAGGGCUCCCUCAUCUGCUUCAGCGUCAUCACCCAGAACUGCCAGCGCCACCUCACCUCCAUUGCGUCCUUCCCCAACUACAAUGGACACAACUGCCUCCACUUAGCAUCCAUCAAUGGCUACAUUUCUUUGGUGGAAAGCCUCAUUCGGCUGGGUGCAGACAUCAAUGCACAGGAACAGUGCAGUGGACGCACGGCGCUCCACCUAGCCGUGGACCUCCAGAACUCCACGCUGGUCUGUCGCCUCCUCGAGCUCGGCGCAGACGUUAACUGUUUGAACUACGGCGGCUUCACCCCGUACCACCUCACCUACGGGCGCCAGAACGAAGCGAUCCGCUGCCAGCUUUACGAGAGAACAGCUCAGGAGCUGAGGGAGCUGCCUGACAGCGAAUCAGAUGAUAGUGAUAUGGAGGAUCUGGACCUGUCGGAAGAUGAGCUGUAUGACGACAUAAAGUUUGGAAAGUAACAAGAAGAGCCUGGCUACUGGUGAUGUGAAGCUGCUAUUGGGUUUGCCGAACCACGGCUCCCAGUAGGGGGAGAGAUCAGUCCAUGCAACCCUGCCCUCAAACCCCAUCCAUGUCCAGAGGUGCUGGCACUGGGAUCAAGAAACGAGUAUGAAGGUGGCGCCCAGUCUGGUCUAGAUCACUGAACGAUCUGCACCAAAAAACCCACACCAAAGCAAGACCAUGACCUCUAUAUGGUCCUCAUGUUACUGUAUAACUAUAUAAAAUAAUGUGUAUAUACCAGAAGUAUGUAAUAUAUUGUAAAUACAGAGAUUAUUUUUGUACCUGUACAAAUGUGUGAAUUUUAAACACUAUGAAGAAAAAUAAAAAAGGAAUUUAUGAACAUGAA